GGAAUCGAUCGGAAAACAGAUGUCAAAAGUCCUUGGAUAACCGGUACGUUCGAAAAAUGAGGACACGCUCGACUGUACCAAAAUACGCCGUAGAAACUGCGUUCACGGAACCAAUUCUUGAUUCCAUCGUUGCCCAAGAAGAUGAUGAAUAUUUUCUUAACUUUGAACUAGGUGGGUGUACAAUCUAACUUGACAAAACCGAUCGCCAAAACCCAUUAUUGGCGUAGCCAAAAUUUUUGCUAUUACGUCUCUCAACGUUCUGUUUGUAUAGACAGUCGCUAAGACGACAUAUCUACAUCAUGGACAUUUGAUAGCGGAAGUUAUUGGGUCGCGGUGUCACUUGGAAUUAGGAUCGAAGCACCAGGUCACAUCCCCUGUGACGAUGUCGUCGACUGAUCCGAUCAUGACUCAUCCUUACGUUUUAAGACGUAAACACAAUUUCUGUAUUAUGAAAAAAGAUGGUGAAAAACAUUCAGCUUUACUUGUAGAAAGACCGGUUUACCAAAUCGAAGAAUUGAAUAGAGACUACGAAUAUGAAAAACCAUAUCAUACACUAAAAGCUAGAUGCAGAAGGGCGUGUAACUCUGUAAAUCCCAGUGCCUGGCUUAAGGAGACAAUACCUUUAUUAUCAUGGUUACCUGAAUAUAAUUGGAAGAAAAAUUUCAGCGGUGAUAUAAUUAGCGGUAUUACAGUUGCUAUCAUGCAUAUACCUCAGGGAAUGGCUUAUGCACUAUUAGGAAACGUACCGCCAAUAAUAGGAAUAUAUAUGGCGUUUUUUCCUGUCUUAGUAUAUUUUGUUUUCGGUACAUCCAGGCACGUUUCUAUAGGUACGUUCGCUGUUGUUUGUCUUAUGACAGGAAAAGUUGUGAGCCAGUAUACUACAAUCGAAAUAAUGCAAAACGGUACGCAAAGGUCGUUAAUAUCGACUGGUCAAGGGGAAGCCAUACCACAAUAUACAAAUGUACAAGUUGCCAUAACCAUAACAUUUACGGUAGCCAUGAUACAGUUAGUUAUGUAUCUUUUAAGACUUGGAAUGGUUUCGCAACUCUUAUCUGAGACUUUGGUAAACGGUUUUACUUGCGCAUCGGCGUUUCAAGUAGUAGGAUCUCAAUUGAAGGAUUUCUUCGGAUUAGACGUAGGAAAACGAAGAGGAAACUUCCAGUUUCCUUUGGCGGUAUACGAUGCUAUUUUCGCUAUACCGAAAGCAAAUAUUAACGCCAUUCUAGUGUCAUUCACAUCGUUUAUACUUUUAAUAAUAAACAAUGAAUUAUUUAAGCCUUGGUUAUCUAAAAGAUUUACGAUACCAUUUCCUAUCGAACUAGUUGUAGUCGUAUUUGGUACAGCGUCAAGUUAUUUCAUGAAUUUCGAAUCGAAUUAUAAUAUAACAGUCGUAGGGUACAUACCAACUGGAUUACCCAAACCGACUUUACCCGCUUUUGAACUUAUACCAGAUAUUUUCUUGGAAUCUUUUAUUAUAACGAUGGUUUCUUACACCAUAACCAUGUCGAUGGCUCUCAUAUUCGCGCGAAAAUUGAUGUACGAAGUUGACUCAAAUCAAGAACUACUAGCUUUGGGUUUGAGUAAUACAGUCGGUUCAUUUUUUUCCUGUUUACCAAUCACGGCUUCCUUAUCGAGAUCUAUGAUACAGCAAACAGUAGGUGGUGUUACGCAACUAGUAUCGGUAGUUUCUGCUAGUAUCUUAUUGGCGAUUGUACUUUGGAUUGGACCUGUAUUUGAGACGUUACCAAAGUGUGUACUAGCUAGUAUAAUAGUAGUUGCUCUAAAAGGGAUGCUUCUUCAAUGUAAAUCUCUGCCGAGGUAUUGGAGAUUGAGUAGAUGGGAUGCCGUCGUCUGGAUAAUAACAUUUUCAGUAACGCUUUUCAUUCAAAUAAGUUACGGUUUAGCAGCCGGUGUCGCCAUCUCUUUAUUAAGUAUCUUCAUACAAGGUCACAAACCGUACACUUGCCUUUUGGGAAUCGUACCCAAUACAGAUUUAUACCUCGAUAUCAAGAGAUAUAAAGGGGCUAAAGAAAUAGACGGCGUCAAGAUUUUCCAUUAUUCCGGCGGUUUGAGUUUCGCUUCGAGAUCGAGUUUUAAGGAAUUACUCGUUAAGAAAACCGAACUUGACGCUGCGGCUACGUUGAGAAGAAGAGCGAAAUUAACCGAAAAAGGAUUGCAAGACGAAGAGGAACUUUUAUUGAAAUGUGUAAUCUUGGAUUUUUCCAGUCUCACUUUCGUCGAUCCAGCCGGCGUAGAUUUUCUCAGGAGUUUACAAGAUGACUAUAAACGGUUAAACAUCCACAUGUUGAUUUCCGGAUGUUCAGGACCAGUGUUUGAGGUUAUGCACAAAUGUGAUGAAGUUGAGAAAAAAGAAAAGAAAUUUUUGAUUUUCCCUACUGUCCAUGACGCAGUAUUAUAUACGCAAGUUAACGUUCUAAGUAAAAAUGAAUGAAUGAAUAAUACGUUUAGGCAAUACCAAAAAUAAUUUAUUUUUCAAAAAGAAUAUAUAUUUGUUAUAAUAUUGAAAGCCAAAUUAUGUUAAUUAAUUAGAUUUUCACUUAAUACAGAGUGUUUAAAGACGAUAUGACAAAAGUAGUACUUAUAUCAUUUUAAAUAAAUAAGUACUUAAAUUAUUUACCUUCAAAACGACAUUUAAUUAACUUUUACAUUUUAUUUUAAUUACAUCAUUAAAAAGUACUAAUAUGUCUUUCUGUUUUCUGCAAUUCAUCAUAAAUAUUAUUUAAUAGUCUUUUUAACAAUUUUCAUAUACAGUACGGAACAACAAAAUAUGAUAAUUUCUAAUAGCUUCACCAGCAGAGCGACAUCUGUUGAGAAGGCACGACAACAAGGCGCCGGCCAUGUUGUUGAUGCGUUUCGACGAGCAGUAAUUCGAAGUAUGUCUUUUUUGAGUGGAUAUAGUGAGAAAUUGUCGAAAGAAAGUUAAGGACUGUGGUUGUAAUAACGGUAUAAAGAUAUGGAUAAAGAUAAGGAUCAAUGACCACGUGUAACCAAUUGAAGUACCUAGUUUUUCGCACGAACCUUACGAUCAAAGAAGCUACGAAUAAUUACAAGAGUUUAGAGUAUUUCCUCCACGUGUGACAGUGCUGCCAGGGAAACGUGUCAUAGUGCUCGGCAAGGAUUAUUUUCCACUUGUUGAGCACGCGGCACCAUAAUGUUCUCAUUCCCUCUUGUUUGUAUAGAAUCGGGAUUUAAAUCUCAUCACAUUUUGUCCGAAUAACUUUUCUUCUCACUUUUAAUUGCUUUCAAUUCUCCUAAAUCACUUUAUGUGUGUCCCUAUAUCUUUCCAUCCGAUGAAACAAUAUACAACCGAAUAGUCGGUAAUGCGAUCGUGGCGCAGUCUACCGGAUCCAAUGUGAAACAUUCCAAGAUCAACAACAAUAUAAUUAUACAUAUGAGAACUAGGAACCGCGUUUAAAAAUUCUCGACGUUAUCAAGGCAAGGGUGGGGGUAGGGUGGUUAUUCGUUCAUUGGUGAGAAGUGAUCCGAUUCCGUGGUCUCGAUCUGCCUACUCCACCCCUUUUGUGAUUGAUUCCAAAGCCUCAAUCUACCUACUCCUUGGACUUUCACCGAGUAAAUGAAAAGCUGAAAAAAAAAUAUAAAAUGAUUAAAAUACUAAUUAAAAAUAAUGUGCUUACAAUCAAAAAAGUUGUUGGCACUAAGACACUGACUACUGGUCUUGAGAUGACUGGGGAGCUAGUCGCUUGGACCUUGUAUUUAUAGGGGACCUUUUGGCAGGAUUUGAGGUUUUGGCGUGUGUGGAAGUAUAUUAUUGGCGGGAAAUCUAAUAAGUGUGUAGAGGUGUAUAAUUUUUUAUAAAAAAUGCAUAGUAAUAAAUUUAUACCAUUUGACUGUCCCACACUGUAUAUAAAACAUAAAUAUUGAUACUUUUUAAUGAGAUAUUUUUUUUUCGCAUAUAUUUUUAUUAUUAUGACAAUUUUACAAUUCUUGGAUGUGAUAUCUUAUUAUAUUCUUGAAAAAAAAAUAAAGAAUAUUUUUUGA